AUUAUGGCUUCUGCUUUUAUGGCACUUCUGGUGCUGCAACUUUUGCAGCAAGUCAAUGCAAGGCAUAGUUAUGAAGCAGAAGGUGGAUCAAGAUGUGAUUUGUACGAAGGAAGAUGGGUUUUUGAUGAUUUACAUCCUCUAUACGAUUCAACUCACUGCCCCUUCAUUGAGAAUAUUUUCAACUGCCAAAAGAAUGGUCGACCUGACAAACUUUACCAGCAAUAUAGAUGGCAGCCAUCUGCAUGUAACUUACCAAGAUUCAGUGCCGAAGAUUUCUUACAAAGAUUCAAAGAUAAACGCAUAAUGUUUAUUGGAGAUUCACUGAGUUUGAAUCAAUGGCAGUCACUUGCAUGCAUGCUUCACACAGCCAUGCCAUACUCUGAGUUCACCAUAGAGAUCCCACCCCUCAAGUACACCACUGAGAGGACCCUUUCCACAUUCACAUUUCCGCAAUACAAUGUUUCGGUGAUGUUUGCGCGCAAUGUAUUUCUUGUUGACAUUGAAAAAGAGGGUUCUUGGCAAGUUUUGAAACUCAACUCAGUCCAGGACACCGAAGUAUGGGAGGGAAUGGAUGUUUUGAUUUUCAAUACAUGGCAUUGGUUUAUUCACACCGGGAACAUACAACCAUGGGAUUUCAUUCAAGAUGGAGAAAAUACAUACAGAGACAUGAAUCGCUACGUUGCCUUCGAGCAGGCUUUGGAAACAUGGGCUCGAUGGGUGGAUAAGACCAUAGAUCCCUCCAAAACCAAGGUCUUUUUCCAAGGAAUUUCACCCACUCAUUUCAAUGCAAGCCUUUGGGGUUUCCAUGAGGGAAAGAACUGCAGCAGAGAGAUGAGACCACUUCCUGAGCCACCAAGAUUUUCAAAUCCUGCAGAAGUGAUAGUAGAGAAAGUGUUGCAAAGUAUGUCAAAGCCAGUCCACUUGCUCAACAUUACAAAAUUGUCACAACAAAGAACAGAUGCACACCCAUCCGUGUAUGGCUAUGGUGCCCAAAAUGGCAUGGACUGCAGCCAUUGGUGCCUUGCUGGUGUUCCUGAUGCUUGGAAUGAACUUCUUUAUGCAGAGCUCAUUCGGAAUUAGAAUGAUUUCAAUAUGUCAAUGUCUCAUGUGUAAAACGUUGUUUUUGAUGUUUUUGUAGAAAAUGUAUAACAAUUUUUUUUUCCCACCACGAUGUGUUUGAAGUGCUGUAUUAGCCCAACCUCUUAAUAAAGGCCAACAUCAUACUUUACUUA